AGUACUGUUUUGAGCAUCAUCCUCUGUCUUCGCUGCCUGCCCGCCUCCGGGGUGGCUCGCCAAGAUGGGAACCUCCUCCGUCGUACUCGCAGGUCCUGCACUCAUCAAGGAAGGACUCAGCAUGGAACGACCUGCUGACUGCACUUGGUGCCUUCACGCGGCUGGUUUUCCGAAUCUGGUGGUUUGCUGUGCGCACGUGCAUGAGGGGCCUUGUCAGUUUCAUGUUUGCACUGCUGAGAUUGUUGGGGUACAUGCUCUCGAGGCGUAAGAAGGGAUCACCUGGUAGCACGGGGAAGAGCGCGUUUCCUGACAAGCCGGAGUGGACGAACGCGAACGCGAAUGAGGACUGGUAUGAAACCGACCGGAUGGCCAGGGGAUCGUACCACACACCCAAG